AUGGUCCUUCUGUACCUAUUUUCCACUCUUAACCUGGAACCAGGUCUCACCCAGAAGGUAGGGUGCGGAGGAAGGCGUAUACACCGCCUCUCCCCCACUUGUAGAGAUAAGACACCCUGCAAAGGAGUAAUUUCUCAAGUUGGGAGAGCGCGCAGGAGAACACUGCGCAAGCUCAGAAGGCGGAUCGGGGGGAAGGGACCACCGCGCACGCGCGCCUCUCUCAGCAACCGCCUCUUUUCGUCUCGCUGGGCUAGGGUGGGGUUUAACUUCCCUCUGCUCGGCCUGCCCCUUGCGUUGCCAUGGGGACCCAGCUGCCACAGCCUUCCCUCGGCUGUUCUGCGGGCCUGGUCACCUCCUACGGACGCUGUGGCGGCGACGGUGGGAGAUAUGGAGCCUUUAACAACCAGCAUCCACACGACCGGGAAGCGGCCGAGCCUGGGCCGCUGCAAGCAUUUCUUUUGGCUGGGUGUCAUCUUCGACACGGUGGGCGUGGCGGUUCUGUUCACCGGCGUGUUCGCGGACCUGCUCUUCUACGACAUGCUGCUGUACCUGGGCUCCAUCAUCAUCUUCUUCAGCCUGCUCUGGUGGAUCUCCUGGUACACCGGCAACAUAGAGCUGCUUCCCGAAGAGGCCUCCAGGAGGAGCACCCACACGCCUUCCGCCCCCACGGCCGAAACUCUGCGCCGGAGCGCCAGCCACCGCUUCUCCUGGACCAUCGAGAGCAUCUCCAACACCUUCCGGAUGCAGAGGCGGCAUUUACGGUCCCUGAAAAGGAGGGAUAUCCUGAGCAUGACCGUGGCGGGCCUGGAGGGUGAGAGCAAGGGCAAAGACGGAAGGGAAAGCAUCAAGGACAGUGGCGACCCUCAAGACAUCUGCAAAGAGAAUCUGCACCCAGAGCCUGAAGAUGACAACAGUCCAGAGGCAGUCAGCUCCCCAGGCCCAGAAGCUGGUGGUGGAAUGAGCCUUCUGGUGCGGCCUGUGUUCCCUUCAUCCCUUCUGGACCAGCCCUUGCCUUCUGCUAUCCUGGCCUCAAAGAGCCCCACUGUCGCCCCCUCAGUCCCUGCUCAGCCUCCUCUCAUUGCUUCUCGGAGCCAGUCUGUCGGCCCUGUGGCCCUUAAGAACCAGCUUCCAGUUAACCUUUCCUUGACGAGCCAUCCUGCAACGCCCAUGGCCUUUCAGAGCCACCUGGUGGUGCCUGUAUCUCCUCCGAGUCCUUUGCAGGUUCAUAUGGCCUCUGAGAGCAAGCCCCAGAAUCUUCCUUGGGAUUUUCAAACACAGUCUCCAACUGUUCGGGCGUCUGGAAGCCAGGCUAUGGCCACCCAGGUCCCAUUGAUGCCUUUUCAGGUCAUAGAUCCACAGAUCUCACAGGCUGUCCAGGACUUUCAGCUCCUGCUUCCCACUCAGCAGGCCUCCCAUAGCACCUCUGUAGUCGAAGAGAUUUCCCAAAGUCAGUCUUCGUGCGUUCUAGGGGUUCCUAAGGUGCCAGUUGUUCGGGCUUUUGAGGCUCCACCACUACCCAGCCAGAAACUAACUCCGGAGAUCCCUGAGGCUGCAGCUUCAGUGCCUGAGACCCAGCAGUCCAUCUGCUCUGACAACACCCCAGGCUCUGGGGUAGUGAAGAAGAGUCACCCUCUCUAGUAAGGAUCAGACCCCAGCCAUUUGUCUGGAUGUUCAGGCCUCUGUCAAAACCCACCAGUAUUUCUACAGAUUUAACUGCCAACUUUAUAAAAGCACAAAUAUUUAGUCAUGUUUUGGAAACUUCCUUCUGGAGUCCUGAUCAAACUCAAACCAACAGACUUAACAGACUGCCUAUGCUGAGUAUACUUGUUACAAUGUUGGACAAUUUUCUAGCUUCUGAUAAUAUUUAUUGCCAGAAUUUUAAGAAAAUAAUAAAGUUUGUA